CUCGCCAUCAUACUUUGCUACAUUAUGAUGCAAUUAAGCGAACAUCAAAUGUUCAACCUAAAAAGGAACCAACACAAUCCCUAGUUAAAGACUCAACAGAAAAUGAUCAACCUUCUUCGUCCUUAGGAGAGGAACAUAAUGUGGAACCGCACCCAAAUGAACCUAUAUUAACAACAGAACACAGAGUAGACGAAGACGAAGUCGAAGAGGUCCCACGUGGACCAAAGCCGGAUUUGGGAGAGGAACAUAAUGUAGAACCGCACCCAAAUGAACCGAUAUUCACAACAGAACACAGAGUAGACGAAGACGAGGUCGAAGAGGUCCCACGUGGACCAAAGCCGGAUUUGGGAGAGGAACAUAAUGUAGAACCGCACCCAAAUGAACCUAUAUUAACAACAGAACACAGAGUAGACGAAGAAGAAGUCGAAGAGGUCCCACGUGGACCAAAGCCGGAUUUGCCACGUUAUAUGAAUAACAGAGUAACGAUAUCAAUAACAGAACACAGAGUAGACGAGGAGGUCGAAGAGGUCGCACGUGGACCAAGGCCGGAUUUGGGAGAGGAGCAUAAUGUAGAACCGCACCCAAAUGAACCUAUAUUAACAACAGAACACAGAGUAGACGAAGAGAAAGUCGAAGAGGUCCCACGUGGACCAACGCCGGAUUUGGGAGAGGAACAUAAUUUGGAACCGCACCCAAAUGAACCAAAACCUAUUACAGGAGAAGAACAGAGAAGAGUUGACAUGGAGGACGAAGAGGUCCCACAAGGACCAAGGCCGGAUUUGGUAAGUCUAAUAUACUAG